AUGCCUCCAAGAAAGAAAACUUCUAUAAAAUCAGAUAAGUAUAUUGAAAUCUUUCCUGAAAUAGAGGAAGAAAUCUUAGAAACUUAUACACUUAUAAUUGGUGAAGAGGAAGACUUUUAUCUUAAUAAACUUCCUGAGUUUUUUAAAUUAUUAAACAUACCGUCGUGUUUUGUCGCAGAUAUUAAUCAAUGUAUAGAAUAUUAUUAUGAAUUCAUUAGACCCAAUCCGGAAUUAAUAUUUGAUGCUACUAAUGCUAAACAUUAUACGACAUUGAAUUGUAUUAAUGCAUUUACUAUUACUGGUAAAAUUGAUAAACUUGAUAUGAUUAUUGAUAUUAUAGAUAUAGAUAAAUUAAUUAAGAAUUGUAAUCGAUUAAUCAAAUUUAGAAAUGAGUAUGCUCAUAUUUACGAUACUUGGAGUAUGCUUGUUGAAGCAUCACUCAGUCCAAAUAAUAAUAAUGAUAAUAAUAAUAAUAAAGAUAAUGAUAAAUCUAAUGAUAAAUCUAAUGAUAAAUCUAAUGAAAACAGACAAUUAUCAGAAAAAUUUAUACUAAAUUAUAAACUAGGUAUACCUGAAUUGAAAACUAUAAAGACGAGUCUACAGUUGGAUACUGAUCGUAAGAGCUCAGCAGCUCUUGGGGAUGCAUUUCUAAUAGAUAUGUUGAGUUUCCCCACUACAAAUGAGAGAGGUCAAAUAUUAAACUUUGAUUUUAACAAACCAAAGUUUGGAUUAUGUGUUACCAUUAAGGACUUUGCCGAAGUAUUAGGUAAUUUAGGUGAAUUAGAUGUUGUUAAAUAAUGUAUAUAGCCCGUAAUGAAAAUUAAAAGCUU